CUAUCAGAUCAGUCACAUCCUUCACUUGCAUGUGUGUGCUUGUCUCAACAAGCAGGCUGUCCCAAAAGGGGACAUUAAACUUCCUCUCAAAUAAAUAUUAAAAACAACUAAUUUCCAUCACACAGUCCAUGGCGUGGUCCAUAUUUAUGCACUGUCAAAUAAUCAAUGUCACCUGUGUCGAUAAGAGCUGGCCAGGAGGCUAAGCAUCCGUGAGCUAUGGAUAAUGGCUAUGUUGUUUUUGUUUUGUUUUUCUUUGCUGUUUUGUAUGUAUGAAUAAUAAUAAAACAGAUUUUUUUUAAAAAAAGAUAAUGCCUAUGGAUAAUGGAAGCUCUCCAAAGCAGCUCCGAUGUGGGUUGGGCAUCUCGUCAAAACUUUCCAGAAAGCAUGGAGUUAACUAACCAGCCCUCAGGAAGAGGAAAUAAAGGCUUUGCUCUCCCAUUAUAUUAACAGCCACGGUGUUGCAAGCACAAAAGCCACUGAUUUAGAAGUCUGUCUAGUUUUCUGACUGCCUUGGCUUAUUUCUCCUCACCAACAUGCUGCAUCAGACAGCCUGGCUGGCCACUGUUACCAUUUUGGGAGUCCUGGAACAAGCCUAUUUUGCCCUGCAGGUGAUUUCGGUUCGAAGGAAGUGCAAAAUCACCCCUCCUCUAACUUUAGGUCCACCAGAAUUUGAACGGAUCUUCAGAGCCCAAACCAAUUGCUCAGAAUACUUUCCAAUAUUCAUAUCACUAUUGUGGGUAUCUGGCAUUUUUUCCCAUCAAGUUUUGGCUGCAUUCUGUGGGUUACUUUAUCUAUAUGCUCGCUAUUGGUACUUCACUGGAUAUGCACGAUCUGCUCAAGAAAGACUGGGCCCCAUGUACUUCAGCACUGGAGUUCUCUGCAUUCUCAUUGUUUUGUCUGUGGUUGGCCUCACCACCCAUUUUGUGUCACUCUUGUAUUUUUGAUUCCAGCUUUGCAGUCACUUAAGUACACAGUCCCAAUGGUAAACUUUCUUUGAUAUUGUACCACCGUUUUCAACUUUUCCUUUCUCGUCACAAUAGCUAUAUACUGAUCAUUUAAAAUAAAUUAUGUGCAAUAUUUUUCCUGACUCAUGUUACUAUUGCUAUGGAUUUCACCUCAAAAAUAUUAUUGGAUCAGCAUCUGAUGUUAGAAAAGAGAACUGUUUAGAUUUAAUAUUUAACUGUGGCUGCCAUAGUUCAAAAGGGAUAUUAAAAAGCUGGAAUAUGUCUGAAGGAAGUCAACCAAGAUGGUAAAGUGCUCUUCCCAUAUCUAUAGUUCUAUGAUUCUAUCAUUAACAGAGUUAUUUCCACAAGUCAGAAGCCUGAGCAACAGUGGAGAAACAUUCUGGGUAUCUAUUAUUGGUGUGUGGGCGGGGGGGGGGAGGCACUUUGGGUAAGAUACCCUCCCCUGUGGAAUCAUGUCACCAUUCAGUCCCUUCUCCCUAUGGGUCACUUAUGUGGCUCCUGGUAGAUGCUACUUUUCCUUGUUCUCAUCAGUGCUUGCAUGCACUAAGACGGGGGCAUAGGAACAAACAAGAUUUAGAUCCGUGUACUUAUCCUAACCUGGAAUUGGCCACUAUACAGUUAAUAUCUAAUUUAGUGAAAUUGCCUCUGUUUGUUUGUUUGUUUAUUGAUUGAUUGAUUGAUUGAUUGAUUUGAUUUGAUUUAUAUCCCGCCCAUCUGGUCUAUACAACCACUCAAGGGUAGAGAAAAUACAGCCCUUCAGAAGUUGCUGGACUGAAAAGGCUUUUAUCCUUCAUUCUUUGCUAUGCUGCUCAGGGCUGAUGGGAACUGUAGUCCAACAUCACCUGGAGGGCCUCAGGUUUGCUACCCUUUUUAUAGCUUCUUUAUACUGCUACUCCAAAUCCCUUAGAGAUUUCCUUCUGGCUUUUUUCUUUGGACAUCUUUUUUGUGAAGCUGCUUUGUACAACAUUAGCAGCUCUCCAUGGAAGCACGGGACAGAUCUUUGAAAUUAUGUAAUUGUUUUACAGCCAUGAGCUAAAGCUUUAACAUAUCUUACACUUCUGGGUGGCUACUAUGAGUUUUACAACUGUUGCAAUGUCUUUGCCUUAAAACUACUGUGACAUGAAGGAUCAAAGCAUAGAAACCAUUUGAUGAGAUUUUCCACAGUUCUUGGCCACACUACAAGAGAGAGGAAAAAGAGGUUUUGUUUCAGGCGUCUUGGGACCAACAGCCUCCACCCAAUUCCAUCACCUUGAGAAAGCAUGCAGGGAAACACCAAACCUGCAUCCAACCCAGAAGCAGAGAUUGUAUCAAAGGUCUGUGUUUGUUUUCUGAAGCAGCUUGCCAAGUCGUUGUUCAGGUUGGUGGGAGGGGCAUGCCGUUUUCUGCUCUGCCAAGCAGGAAAGCUUAACCGAGUUGCACUUGGCCACUACACUACACUGGUCUGCAUUCGGGCAGGUGUAUAAAUUGCCCUAUCUCCAUUUUGCACAGUGUCUUCAACCAGUCGACAGGAGGAAUCUGUCCCAGGAGAAAAUAAAUGGGAAGUAUAUAUUGCCCUCUUCAUGACAUACAGAAGAUGAAGAUGAAUUAUAACAUUCAUCUUUGUUAGGGGCAGGCGGCCCCCCCAACCCCGUUUUGAUUCUUGGUGGAUGCUUCUGAUGAAAACAUUCUAACAUCUGUGGCAAAAGAGUGCACAACACCCAUUCUGAAAAUAGUCCGUGCUGGUCUACUGCACUGUCUUCACCAUACAGAGGAAGUGGCUGUCUGUCUUGGUUUAAAUAGAAAUCUUGCCUAUUACCACAUCUAUCUUGGCUAGGCUUGUAUCUUCCUGAAAAAAGGCACGCCAAUCACACAUUUCUAACAGCUGCCCUAGUAAAACACUUCCAGUUGGUCAGGCUUUCCCACUUCAGAGGAGAGCUAAUAAAACAAAACACAAGUCCUUAAAUAGAAU